GCGUGGCGGCGCCCUUUCCUCCCAGCAUUCCGUUCGCCGCCGCCCAGUGCCGACCUAUGGCGGCUCCCAGCCUUCCGGUAGCCGCGCCCACCGGCAAGAUGGCGGCGACGUCGGCGUCUCGGGCGCUGGUGCAGUACGUGGUGCUGCGGGGAGACCUGCGGCGGGAGCCCCUCUCGUGGCCGCUGGGGGCCUCGGUGGCUCAGGCCUGCCACGCGGCCCUGGCCGUGGUGCAUGCGCACUACGAGCACCCGGACACGGCGGCGUACCUGGCCCAGGGCGGCAGCAUGAGAACCGUUGUGCUCGAGGCUCCAGAUGAGUGCGCCUUGACUGCAUUAGCAGAGACACUACAGCAGAACCGCGUUGAUCACAAAGUGUGGAUAGAACAGCCAGAGAACAUUGCCACUUGCAUUGCUCUCCGCCCAUGCCCUAAGGAGCACGUACACCAGUACGUGAAAAAAUUCAAACUGCUGAAGUGAUCUUAUUUCUUUCUGGCCUUAAUCGAGGACAGCCGGGAAAAGCAGCUCUCCGGCAGGCCCUUGUGGAUGUUGGUUUGUGGACAGCUGGCUGCCUUUGCAGUAUAGCACUGCCAUUGUUAAGAUGCAAGAACUGAAUCAAGAACAAUCUUCUCACUGCAUGUUGCUGGCAAUCAUGCAACUUCAAUUAUUGUGUGUCUGCAGAGAUAAUUAAAAGAUUGGGCUUAUUCAGACUGAUAGAA